AUGGAUUCAAGAUCGCUUUGGAUUGCUCAAUCGGGCGACGUUAAUGCUUUAUAUUCUCUUAUUCAAGAGGAUCCAUGUACUCUUCAAAAAUUCGAGGUUGCACCUUUCAUCCACACACCUCUGCAUGAAGCUUCAUAUAUUGGGAAGAUAGAUUUAGCGAUGGAACUGAUGAUUCUAAAGCCAUCUUUUGCCAAGAAACUAAACGAGAACGGGCUUAGUCCCUUGCAUCUCGCUGUCGAGAACCACCAAGUUGAGUUAGCACAAGAGCUAAUCAAAUUUGAUCCCAGUCUUAUUCGUGUUCGUGGAAGAGGAGGUAUGACACCUUUGCAUCUUGUGGCUAGAAAAGGUGACGUAGAUCUUCUUACAGAGUUUCUUGGAGCAUGUCCUGAUAGCAUUAGAGAUGCGAAUGUAAAUGGAGAAACUGCUUUACACAUCAAAAAUAGAUACGAAGAGCUCAAAGUUCUGAGAGGGUGGAUGCAAAGAACACGUAAAAGUGAUGCUUUGUCCACUGAGUUUCACGUCCUGAACAGAUGUGAUCGUGAAGGCAACACAGCUUUGCACCUAGCAGCGUACAAGAAUGAUGACCAGGCAUGCUCUCACCCUUAA